GUGGCUAGAGAGUGACGCUCACUUGUUGCUUCACUGGAUAAUGUGAAACUUUUCCAACGAAACAUUAACGAACCUUUGACACAUUGAAACGUCUCGCUGGGCAGAAGAGCUUGUGCGUCCUGCUGACUUUUCAGUCCCAACUGAAGCGGUUUGGCCUUUUACAGAAAUGUCGCUGGCAGAUCAAAGCCAGCAGUGGUUCCCCACCAGCGUCCAGGUAACGGUGCUCCAGGCGAGAGGUUUGCGGAUCAAGGGAAAGAAUGGCACCAACGACGCGUACGCUAUCAUGCAGGUGGCCAAGGAUAAGUUCUCCACCUCGGUGGCGGAGAAGAGCGUCGCGCCGGUGUGGAAAGAGGAGGCCGCGUUCGACCUGCCGCUCUUUCACCCCAGUAACGCGGAGCGCUGCACCCUACAGGUGUGUGUGAUGCACCGGGCUCUGGUAGGACCCGAUAAAAUGCUCGGACAGGCGACUAUCAACCUCCUGGAACUUCAAGACAAUAAAUCCCGUAAUAAAACAGAAUGGUUCAAGUUGAUGGGCAAGACAGGGAAGGCUGACAAAGAGAGGGGUGAGGUGCUCCUAGACAUUCAGUUCAUGAAGAACAACAUGACGGCCAGCAUGUACGACCUCUCCGGGCAGGAUAAGUCACGCUCACGGCUUGGCAAGCUCAAGGAUAAGCUGAAAGGGAAAAAGAAAGAUGGGAUGUCAGAUUCUGCUUCCGCCAUUGUGCCUUCAGUCGCCCAGGUGCUGACUGACAGCGAGGGAGAAGAAGAACCUGAUACCACACCUGGAGCCAAAAAGAAGAAUAAACUCAAGUCCCUCUUUGCACCCAAGCCGAGUUUGCACCGUAACAUUUCACAGUCCAUGUCCACACUCGGCACCCUGCCUGAAAAAGACUCGGCCAUCAGUCUGAGCAGAUCAUCUGGCCUAAAUGUAGAGUCUCCUGAAGGCAAAAAGAAAUUCAAAUUUCUGAAACACAAGCGGACCGGAAGCACAGACAGCAAGGUUUCCCAAGGCACCGGCUCUCUUGGACUGGGCACAGCACAAAACAAUGUGUGCAUCAACGGCAGCCACGUCUAUACAGAGGAGCCAGAGACCAGAGGAUCCAGGGCCGGUUCCACCUUCAGCCUGAACAGCUCAGGCCACGGAUCCAUGGAAGACCUGCGCAGAGGUCAUAACAGGAAAACGUCCAGCACCUCAAUGGACUCCUCUGAGCUACAAACUCAAGAGAAUGCAGUGGAAGAGAUGCACAGAAGACAAGAGGAACAGAGCAAACAGGAAGAGGAAGUCAGGAAAAGACUAGAGGAGGAACGGAGACAGGCUGAAGAGGGGGAAAGGAAACAGUUCGAGAGAGAACAGGAAAAAAUGAGAUUGGAGAGGGAUGAGGCGAGGAGACGGUUAGAAAGAGAGGAAGAGGAGAGGAAAUGGAUUGAGAGAGAGGAAGAAAGAAAGAGGAUAGAGAGGGAAAAGGAGAGGAAGCGGAUGGAGAUGGAGGAGGAAAGAAAGAGGAUAGAAAGGGAAGAAGAGAGGAAACGAGUGGAAAGAGAGGAAGAAAGAAAGAGGAUAGAGAGAGAAGAGGAGAGGAAACGGAUGGAGAUGGAGGAGGAAAGAAAGAGAAUAGAAAGCGAAGAAGAGAGGAAACGGAUGGAGAGAGAGGAAGAGAAAAGAAAGCUACAGAAACAGGAAGAGGAAAGGAGAAGAACUGAGGAAGAGGAAAGAGAAAGGAAAAGGAUUGAGCAGGAGGAAAUGAUCAGAAUAAAGAAGGAACAGGAAAGAGUUAGACAAGAGGAGGAAAGAAGAAAAGCUGAUGAGGAGAGGAUCGAAGAGGAGAAAAGGAGGCAAAUGGAAGAAGAGGAAAAGGCUAGGAAGGAAGAAGAUAAACGAAGGAGAAUGGAGGAAGAGGAAAGAAUGAGACUUGAGAAUGAAAAGUUGCGAAAAGAAGAAGAGACAAGAAAAAUGGAGAUGGAAAGAAGACGUGCUGAAGAAGAGGAAAGACUACAGAAAGAAAAAGAAAAGGUGGAAGCAGAGGAAAAGAGGAAAAAGAAAGAGGAAGAAGAGAGAAGACUGUCUGAGGAGAAAGAAAGAAAAGAGCAAGAAAGGUUACGGCUGGAAAAAGAGAAGCUGGAGCUUGCGAACAAGAGAAUGGAGGAAAGGAUGAGAGAGGAGCAGGCGAGAAGAGAGGCUGAGAAAGAAGAGGAGAACAGGAAGCUGAAAGAGAAAGCAGACCAGGAGAGAAUCCGUCAAGAGAAAGAAGAAAUGGAGAGACAGAAGAAAGAGAAAGAACAGCGGCCUGAGGCAAAACCCAGGAGUGCUCGAGUGAAUAAGCAAAAAACGCCUGACGAGAUUAACUCAGACUUCAUCCCACCCACCAAUCCUUUUGAAGACCCUUUCUUAUUCGACGAGAGCUCCACCAAUCCCUUUGAGCAUCCCGCCGUUUCUCAACCUGAAGCCCUCAGUCGGUCCACCAAAGUUUCUGCAGUCAAGCCCAGUUCUUCUGUUUCUGGACUCUUCUUUUCGCAAGCAUCUGUGCCAAACACCAACCCGUUCUUAGAUGACUCUGAUGUUGGAAACACUGAGGAAGCUGUCCAUUUCGGAGACACCGCAGAAAGGUCAGAGAAGAAACGGCGUGCCCCAAUGCCUCCCCAGAACAAGAUGCAGAUGGAAAAACCAGACGUCCUUCCAAGAGCACCAGCAAUUCCUGAAGCCACACAAUCUUUUUUUUCAUCUAGAGUAUCUGAGGACGGUAGAGACUCUGAUUCCUGCAGUUUACGACGGGACAAACGUCCCGCACCUUUACCAUUAAAGAACAAGCAGGAAGUUCAGAACAAUCAUGCAGACCAAUCCACAACUCCUAUAUCUAGAUUCCAGGAAAAAGGCCAGACUGACAAAGCAGGCCCAGUUUCACAAGAUGGGUCAAGGACCUUUGAUGCAGACAGUUUUGGGAACAGUUUAUCGCAUCUUAUCCAGGGUCAUCCCAGACAAGAAAUCAGCCCUUUUGUACCUAUCAAUGUCAAAACAGCUAAACACAACAAGGGUCCAGCUCCAAAGCCUUCAUUGCAGUCAAAACCUUGCAAGAUUUCUGUAUCUAAAACUGAACCCAACAACCCUUUAGCAAUUAGUAACAUCCACUUGACUGAACAUGAAACCAGUCCUGCCUCAAACUCUUGCAUUGAUCAACUAGAUGAGUCAACUGACAAGCUUGAUGAUCUUCUUGCAUCUGAAGAACCUUAUACUAAACCCAACCCUGUGAACUCUGAUGACCUUUUCUCAAGAGAAAGCAGACACAAAGAUUUGCCAGCAAAGUCUAAACUAGACUCUCUUGGAGAAGACAUACCUGCAAUAUCUGAUCCAGUCUUUGGAAAGGUUCUCAGCAAUGUGAAUGAUCCCAAGAAUGCUGAUAAUGUUCUGCUUGAGAGUGGAGUUUCCAAAAAGAAGAGUCAGGCCCCAUUGCCUCCUGCCAAAUCAGCAUCCACAGUUCAAGCUGCACUGAACUCAACCAGUCAACCGUCCAUACAAGAUCAAGACCUGUCAUUAACUAUCAAUAGUAGCAAGUCAACUUCAUAUUUUUCCACAUCCAUGGUGAACUCAUCUUCAACAUCCAGUGAAGCUCUCGCACCUCUGAGACCAGAAGCAGAUCAUGGGUCAGGGCACAGGUCUCUCCCUCAGGCCAGAGUGUCACCUAUUGAUGUUCAGCCAGUUGCUGGGCAGAAAAAUGGGACUGAAAGCGAGAGAACAGGUGAUCCUGCCUUCAAACCCUGCAGGCCCCAUGCAGUGAAACCCCUGAGCACCACUGACAAGCAGCCAGACCACAGAGAAACCCAAGAUGGUUCCAGAUCUGCAAAAACUACAGAUGACAUGCAAGUCAAGAUGAAGGCUCCAGAGGCUAAAGGGACGGGACCGUACUCUCAGCUAACCCAUGACGAACUCAUUAACUUGCUGGAAAAGCAGAGGCAGCAGCUUUCUCAGAAGGACACUAAGAUUGGGGAGCUGGAACAGUAUAUAGACAAUCUUCUGGUCCGUGUCAUGGAGGAGAGCCCCAACAUCUUAAUGUCUUUGAACUCGAUGAAGAAGUCAGUUUGAGCACUUAUGUAGCAGAGGGUUUUGUAUUUAAUGUGCACUGUAAACACAAAUAUGGGUGAACGACAGUACAGGGUUGUGGGUAAAUCACAGAGGCAUUAACCAUAGACACACUAGUGAGCUGAAGAUCAGGGUGUAUAGCUGACAUCUCGGGAUGAAUGGUGAAGACAUGAAUGAAUGUUAUUUGUCUUGCCUCAGAUCCACCUAAUUGUGACUGAUGCAUUCUUGUACAUGUUGAAAUAAAUCAUAUUAUAUGUUAAAGGUUUUACUGUCCACAUUUUUUCCUAAUACAUGUAAUACAUCAGCUGCUAAAUCUUUUAGUGAACGCAACCCACACUUUAAAUAAGCAAACAAAGCAGCGCUACAUAUAUUCUUGCAAAAUAUUUUUUAUCAAUUACAAAGCUGUAUAAUAUUUUGUAGACGGAUCUAUAUUGAUGCAUUGUUUUCUUUGCAAUGAAGCACUUUAAAAGAAUCAGUUCAUCUGUAAAUAAUAGAUAUGUGAUCAUUUGAAUGUUAUGCCUUUUGUCAUGUAAGCUGAAAGCUUUAUUAUUCUCUGCUUUUGAAAUAAAGGAAUGUUACAGGUGUGGCUCUGCAAAGGGCAGCAUCAGGA